CCCAACACCGAGAGAAGGAAAAGAAGAAGCUGCUCCCGGGGAGUGUCUCCCGCGACCGCCUGCGCCGCCUCCCUCCUCAUCACCUCCCUUCCCCCUUCCCCCCCCCCCCCACUCCGCCCGCGCUUGCAGAGCUAAGUCGGGUCACUCUGGCAAGCGCCGCCUGGGCAUGGCUCAGCGUUGCCUGCUGGUCUGCUGCGGGGCCGAGGCAAGGCGAGCAGGUUUCGUUUUCUUCUUGGAUCUCCAGGAGAAAUUGGAGAAUUUUUAAACAGAUUGGAGAACUUGAUUCAAAAGAAAUACAUUAUCAGGUUUCGCUGGUAUGGGUAACCUUCUCAAAGUCCUUACCAGAGAAAUUGAAAACUACCCACAUUUUUUCCUGGAUUUUGAAAAUGCUCAGCCUAGUGAUGGAGAAAGGGAAAUAUGGAACCAAGUGAACGCUGUUUUACAGGACUCAGAAAGUAUGCUUUCAGACCUACAGUCUUACAAAGGAGCUGGACAAGAGAUUAGAGAUGCAAUACAAAACCCGAAUGAUAUUCAGCUGCAGGAAAGAGCAUGGAAUUCAGUAUGCCCGCUGGUUGUGAGGUUAAAGCGGUUCUAUGAAUUUUCUCUCAGACUAGAAAAAGCAUUGCAGAGUUUAUUAGAAUCCUUGACUUGUCCACCCUACACGCCAACUCAGCAUUUAGAGCGAGAGCAAGCCCUAGCAAAGCAGUUUGCAGAGAUCUUGCAUUUUACUCUCCGCUUUGAUGAACUUAAGAUGAGAAACCCAGCAAUUCAAAAUGACUUUAGCUAUUAUAGAAGGACAUUAAGUCGCAACAGAAUAAACAACAUGCAUCUUGACAUUGAGAGUGAAGUGAACAAUGAGAUGGCUAACAGAAUGUCCCUGUUCUACGCAGAAGCUACACCGGUUCUGAAAACACUGAGUAAUGCUACCACCCAUUUUGUCGUAGAAAAUAAAACGUUGCCAAUUGAGAAUACAACAGAUUGUCUCAGCACGAUGGCAAGUGUAUGUAAAGUCAUGCUGGAAACACCAGAAUACAGAACUAGAUUCACCAGCGAAGAAACCCUCAUGUUCUGCAUGAGAGUAAUGGUUGGGGUAAUUAUUCUCUACGACCACGUUCAUCCAGUGGGAGCUUUCUCAAAGGCUUCAAAAAUAGAUAUGAAGGGUUGCGUAAAGGUUUUAAGAGAACAGCCACCAGACACUGUUGAAGGGCUUUUGAAUGCUCUCAGGUUCACCACAAAACACCUGAAUGAUGAAUCCACUUCGAAGCAAGUUCGAGCGAUGCUUCAGUAAUGCCCCUCCCCCUUUGAGAAAUGGACUUUUAAAUUAUUUAGAGAAGGUGUUUGUUUACAUAAUUUAAUAGUUUGUGGUGGUGUUAGUAAAGAUGCAUAAUUUACACGAUAUAACAAUUGAUUUCUUCCCGUUGCUGCAGUGUGUGUGGAUCUGUAUCAAUAACAUGACUGACUUCGUAAUUGCACGACAUCCGUUUAUGUGCUUGUAUUACCAUUCAAAAAGUUUGAAGAGGUACCUUUUAAUUUGAAUAUAUAAAUAAUGAAAGUGUC